AUGGAGUGGUUGGCCUUCGGCAACGGCCUGAUCAUGAUCACUGAAAACGUCCGCAACGCCGACGAGGCAGAUGGGGUUUUCGACAGGCACGUUCAAGAUCAAGGUGACCCUUUCUCGCUUUACUCGACAAAAAGCCAUGCUUUCGGGUACAAUGCCACUCAACGCUUUUCCCGAGACAGCUGGACGUGGACUUGUCGCGAGGUGAAGACUUCGAUUCACUUGCGGCAGAGGGCUAGUAUUGACGAGGUGUGA